UUGUUUCCUCGCAGACACAUCCCGACUUCUGCUCGGGUGUGAGUCGUUUUGCAACCUCAGCGUCUGUGCACAUACGUUGCCAAGUCAGUCAUGUUUUCAAUAUUUACAUCUACUUUUGUACUCGCGCAUGUACAGGCGCGAGUACUUUGCCACUAGUUAUUUUGGAGUACUGCUGGCUAUACUAUAAGCGCCCCUCCCCUCCGGACAAAAUCCUUACUGUAUUUACCACAUUCCCGCUACGCUGAGGGGCGAGGCACUUGUUGUUUUUUUUUUUGUUUUUUUCUUGUCCUUUUUACUUUUUUUUUUUUUUUUUUGUUCGCCUUGAGCGGAUUUGUGCUGUUAUCAAACAAGCAUGUGGAUCUAUUUGUGUUCAGCUCUCGUCGCGGCUCUGCCCCUGGCAGCGUUGACAGUGAACCGACUUUUUCCGUAUCUCCGAGCGGACAUCUUGUAUGUCAGAGAUCUCGUGUGGAUUCUGCUCAAGUUCGUGCGGAGGCACAGGAGGAGGAGACCCGUCUUCUUCGCUUUGGACCGAUUUUUGGAGCAGACCGCGGCCCGUCCGGACAAGCCUUUCGUGGUGUUCGACGAUGACACGCACACGUUCGCGUCGACGGACCGGCGGAGCAACCGGGUGGCCAACGCGCUGCUCGCCCACCCGCGGUACACGGCCGGGGACGCCGUGGCCCUGUUCAUGCCCAACGAACCCGACUUCAUGUUCGCCUGGCUGGCCUUGGCCAAGCUGGGCUCCCCGACGGCUCUGCUCAACUACAACAUCCGCAACAAGUCUCUGCUGCACUGCUUCGACUGCAGCAAGGCCAAAGUGCUCAUCGCGGCCGCAGAGCUGAAGGAAGCAGUGGAGGACGUUCUGCCGGCCCUCCGAGAGCAGGAAGUCGUCGUGCUCCUGAUGGUCCAAAGCUGCGACACGCCCGGCAUGGAGAGCUUCUCCGAUAAAGUGGACCGAGCGUCCGACGCCGCCGUUCCGCGCUCGCUCAGGGCGCACAUCACCUACAAAAGCCCUGCGGUUUACAUUUACACGUCUGGGACCACAGGGCUCCCCAAGGCAGCGGUGGUCAACCAGAACCGCCUCCUGGUAGCGCUGGAAGUUUUAUCUGCGAACGGCGUUUCUUCGAGUGACGUUGUUUACCUCAACUUGCCUCUGUACCACACGGCGGGAUUUUUUAUAGGCUUCAUCGGCUCCAUUGAGACAGGGUCCACAAUUAUUUUGAAGAGGAAGUUUUCCGCCUCUCAGUUUUGGGAUGACUGCAGGAAACACAACGUCACGGUGGUGCAGUACAUCGGAGAAGUAAUGCGCUACCUCUGCAGCACACCCAAGAGAGAAAACGACAAGGACCACAGAGUCCGACUUGCCAUUGGAAACGGAAUCCGAGCGGAGAUAUGGCGGGAGUUCCUGAACCGCUUUGGGAACAUUCAGAUCAAAGAGUUUUACGCUUCCACUGAGGGAAACGUCGGAUUUGUCAAUUACACGGGGAAGAUUGGAGCCCUCGGAAGAGUCAACUUCGUGCACAGGAAACUGUUUCCUUACAGUCUCGUCAAGUAUGAUACAGAGCGCGAUGAAGUGCUUCGAGAUGCUAACGGCCUCUGCAUUGAGGCACCAAAAGGCGAGACCGGGCUCUUGGUUUCCAAGAUUACCGACAUAGCCCCUUUCGUUGGCUACGCCCAGAACGAAGAGCAAACGGAGCGCAAAAGACUCCGCGACGUUUUCAAAAAGGGAGAUCUGUUCUUCAACAGCGGGGACCUCAUGAGGAUUGACAAAGACAACUUCAUUUACUUUCAGGAUCGUGUCGGUGACACCUUCAGGUGGAAAGGCGAAAAUGUGGCUACAACUGAGGUUUCCGACAUCCUGACACUGACAGACUGUCUCAAAGAGGCCAACGUUUACGGGGUCCAAGUACCAGGACACGAGGGACGCAUAGGAAUGGCCGCCGUCACCGUGAAAGAAGGGGCCCAGUUCGAUGGAAGUCAAAUCUAUCAUCACGUGGUUAGCUACCUGCCUGCGUACGCUAGGCCGCGCUUCAUAAGGCUCAAGGAUGUGGUGGAGUUGACGGGGACGUUCAAGCAAAUGAAAGUGAAGUUAGUGGAGGAGAAUUUCGAUCCAGGACGUAUCCAGGACCCGCUGUACAUCCUGGAUGACAAGCGCAAGAGUUACGUGCCACUGACGGCUCAGGUCCACAGCGCCAUCGUGUCGGGGACCGUCAAGCUCUGAACCGGUUCUCCCUCGCUGUGCUGGCUUUGCAAGAAGUACUCACCGAAUACAUUGGAACAUCCGGGCUCAGGGAUCCUUGCAAGUAUCAAGUAUGUGAAACCACUUACAGUCCUGCUUAUUGUAAGCAGAAUCAAACCGCUCUGGGAGAUCAAAUCCUUAAACUAAAUGUUGUACGUAGCAUAUUGCAUAUAGCAUAUUCAUGUUCAUACAAGCAUACAAGUCAAUAGUUUACUUGAAAAAGUGACGCCCAGCGAUGACGUUUACAAAAUUGCUUUUUGUGUCGAAGCAGACGGCGUCCGUCGGAACACGGAAGGUGCCUGUGCACGUGGCGUGGAUGUACAGCGGUGCUUUGAGAUACGAGUGACCCGACUUACGAGUUUUCUGAGAUACGAGCUGUCGUUCCGAUCAUUUAUUUUUUUUUAAUUUGAUGUCAAACUCGAGAUACGCGCGCGAUACGUGGCCGUGACUGGACUCACUCGGCGGCAGGCAAGUUUGGCAGAAAGAGUCCGUAAAUAUCCAUCCAUCCACUAUUGGAGCCGCUUAUCCUCACGGGGGUCACGGGAGAGCCGCAGCCUAUCGCAGCUAGCUCCGGACGAAAGGCGGACUACACCCUGAACUGGUCGCCAGUCGGUCGCAGGGCGCAUGUCGACACCGUCACUGAGCGGGAAUCGAUCCCAUGCUUUAAAGUCAGGCGUGUGUACCACUACACCGUCAGUAACUCCGUCUGU